AGUGAAAGACUGACUUUUAAGAGGUAGACUGCGAGGAGGAGGAGGAGAGAGCGACGGAGGGAGAGAGGGAGACGUGCGGCUGCUCUGUCUGUGCUGUCAGAAAGGCUCUGAUGAACGUACACGCAACGUCUUUUCUUCUUCUCUUCGUCCGGCUCCGCUCAUCAGGUCUGUUGAACCCAGCGCCUCAUCCGUCCGUCCGUCCGUCAAAGCGAGAAGUGAUAACUGAAGCGGAUGACUUUUCCAAAGUGGAUCCCGGCAUUCCCUGAGUAAAACAGAGGCCCCUCUUUUCUAUCCAUCCUCCGCAUCCCUGGAAGGACCUGGAAAGAGACUUUGCCAGGGAUUUCCGGGUGCUGUGAGCGUUUUUCCUUUUACCCAGAAGCCCGCUGUGGACCUUUGGGUGCUGCGUCGCCAUGGCUACCAACAGGGAACAGCAGGUGGGUCACAUGACCGGUUUCCCACCUGCUGUCUACCCGUUUGCCUUCAACUCCAUGAGGAGCCACUCUCCCUUCGACCUGCUGGCCAACAGUAGCCUGUUUGGGAGAUUCGGUGCUGACCUGCCCAAAGAAAUGGCUGCCCUCUCCGUGGAAACCCAGAGCACCAGCUCAGAGGAGAUGGUACCCAGUUCUCCGUCCCCACCUCCCCCACCUCGUGUCUACAAGCCCUGCUUUGUGUGCCAGGACAAGUCCUCCGGGUACCACUACGGGGUCAGCUCAUGUGAAGGCUGCAAGGGCUUCUUCCGCCGCAGCAUCCAGAAGAACAUGGUGUACACCUGCCACCGGGACAAGAACUGUCAGAUUAACAAGGUCACACGCAACCGCUGCCAGUACUGCAGGCUGCAGAAGUGCUUCGAGGUCGGCAUGUCCAAGGAAGCCGUGCGCAAUGACCGAAACAAGAAGAAGAAGGACGUGAAGGAGGAGGUGGUUCUUCCAGAAAGCUAUGAGCUCAGCGGAGAACUUGAGGAGUUGGUCAACAAAGUCAGCAAAGCUCAUCAAGAAACUUUCCCAUCAUUGUGCCAGUUGGGCAAAUACACCACCAAUUCCAGCUCGGACCACCGUGUGCAGCUGGAUCUGGGCCUUUGGGACAAGUUCAGCGAGCUCUCCACCAAAUGCAUCAUCAAGAUUGUGGAAUUUGCCAAGCGGCUCCCGGGCUUCACCAGCCUCACCAUCGCUGACCAGAUCACUCUGCUUAAGUCGGCCUGCCUGGACAUUCUGAUGCUGAGGAUCUGCACCCGCUACACCCCAGAACAGGACACUAUGACGUUCUCCGAUGGCCUGACUCUGAACCGGACGCAGAUGCACAACGCCGGCUUCGGGCCGCUCACGGACCUGGUGUUCGCCUUCGCCGGACAGCUGCUGCCCCUGGAGAUGGACGACACGGAGACCGGCCUCCUCAGCGCCAUCUGCCUCAUCUGUGGAGACCGCAUGGAUCUGGAGGAGCCGCAGAAGGUGGAUAAGCUACAAGAGCCUCUGCUGGAGGCUCUGAAAAUCUACGCCCGCCGCCGGCGCCCCAACAAGCCCCACAUGUUCCCUCGCAUGCUGAUGAAGAUCACUGACCUCAGGGGCAUCAGCACCAAGGGUGCGGAGAGAGCCAUCACUCUGAAGAUGGAGAUCCCAGGGCCAAUGCCCCCGCUGAUCAGGGAGAUGCUGGAGAACCCCGAGGCGUUCGACGACCAAACCGAGAGCAACGAGAGCCCGCCGCCCCCGCCUCCGCCGCCGCCCCCGGCGCCGGCCCUGGUCCUGAAGCAGGAAGCCGAGGACGAGGACGACAGCUGGGCCGCCGAGAACGGCAGCGAGCCGUCCCCGGAGGAAGAGGACGAGGAUGACGAGGAUGACGCCGGGGACGAAGAGAGGGACAGGGGCUCGGACAGUGAGGGGGAGGCCUGGGGGGCUCUGGAUGGAGGGGAGGGACCCAGGAAGGGCCUCGCAGGGAGGGCGCAGUGAACAGAGCGUUUCCUACAUAUACACACUCAUGCAUAUACUGGUUUACUCACACACGACCAUACACACAAAAACAUGCCGCACAACCCCCCCCCCCCGUUUCCUUACUGCACAGCGGUUCCUCCGCGGUCGGAGCACAGCAGAGCCUUGCAGGCCGCACGGUCCAUGACGAGUGAACGACAGAAAGGUGAAGGUGCAGCCGAGAGGGAAGUUAGUGCGACAAUAAAGAACAAAACCUCUUUGACAAAACUAUUGGUGUUGAUAUCGAAGCAGGGGAAGCGACACGACCACGUGAUUGAGCAGUUGAUCCCGAUGGAGUUCAGCACAUUUAUCAACAGAAAGCAAGAGUACAGGGCAAAACCAAAUCAAGUAAUCCUUUGUUUUUGUGGUUAUUGCUUUUUGAAUAUUUUUCUUCCCAGUUUUUUCUUCUUUCCAAUUUAUGAAUACGUCCAUACAUAUCUAUAUACCAUUAUAUUUUGUCUUUAUUCGUUAUUCUGGUUUUAUAUAUGAAUCCUAUAAUUGAGUUUUCUCUUUGAAGAGCUGUUCUGAGAAGAAAUUCAGGGGGAAAGAAGGGUAAUCAGAACUGUCCGAGUCUUCCUCACCAGCUACUACAGUAGCUGGUGCUUGUUGCAGUGGAUGUCAGUGAUAAUCAACCCAGAGGACUGUCGUCAUGUCGCAGUAACUUCAUCAGUUUCUGUUGUCAGGGAAUUGGCAUUAUUCUGCAUAGCUCUCACGGCAGUCGACAUUGUGGCAAGUGUCUUUGUGCCAAAGGUAGGAGAGGAGCGUGACCCCUGGCCACAACCUCAGCAGAGACCAGACCGCCUUCACAGCGUCCAGUUCCCACGCAGAGAUUAACACUUGACCGUCUAAUGUAGCACUUCUGUGAGUCUGCAUCUCUGCAUCCGCGCCCAAGCUGGUGACGUUGGACACAAUCAACCCUAGCGCGCUCCCUGAUGACAAAUACACAUUAUGCAUCCACACAAUGAUCAAAUGAGACACGUGCGCGUCAAGGGCAGGAAUUCUUAAGGAAGACAUUUUGGAAUCAGACUCAGGGCUUUUCAGUAAGGACCAAACCCUAGCUGCUUUCUGGCACGCUAGAAACAGGCAAUAUUUAUGUGUGUAUUCUUGACUCAGUUUUUUUGUUUGUUUUUUUCUUGGAUCAGCUCGACCCCUCUGCGUGUACAUAAAAGGUGAUGAGUCUGGAAACCAGCAUGGACGCCAGCGUGACGCUCCCGUAGCGGCGCCCGCGCUGGCGUGCACGCGGCGAACGCGCCUUCUCACCCCAAAAGCCAUUAUCUGGGCCUGUCUUCUUGUGUAUAGCUUCACUUCUCUGUAAAGGAACCGCGGAGGAUUACGUGCUCUCAUGUAUCGUUUCUUUAUUGCCAAAAUGUCUCAGCAGGCGAUCAGCUGGGAGAGCGCAGCUGAUCCACAGCAUUGAGGGUUUAUUUUUUCCUUCUCGUUCUCUCUUUGAAGCAAUACGAACGUUCCUUCUGUAGCAGUGGGACGUCCCAUCUUUUGAAAAUGGGCAAGUCCCCUCAUUUUAAGUUUGUGUGUGUGUGUGUGUGUGUGUGCGCGCGUGCGCUUGUGUCAAUGUGAAUGCUUUUUCAGCCAUUGGGUGAAUGUCCUCAUUACGGUGCUGUCACGCAAAGACCUUGUGUGAUGACCUCAUCCUUUCUCUCUCUCUGCCAGCCUGUCAUGAUGGUAAUGAUGGUGAUGCAGGCAGAACUUUGAGAAUGCAUUGUUUAGUUUUUGUUUUUCUGUGUGGCCAAGGUGUUGUCUACUCUCUGUUCAUGUCAACCCUUGUCAUACAAAAGCCAUAUAAACAGUAAGAGGCACAAUAAACUAAUUUUGUGAGAUUA